ACCAGCACCAAGUGGUGUGCCUCUCCGGGGGUGUGUGCAGAAGGCUCCAGGAUAAAUAGGAGGCUCCCAGUUCUGGGUGACACUGGAGCCCGCUGGCUGCCCGCCCCGGGUGUUUCCCUGCUCUGUAGGCAGGCUGCCUGCUGCUUAGUUUCGCUUCCUCCUGGCUCAGGGAUUAGUUUUCAAGCACCCUCUCGGUGCCAGGGCCCAGGAAGGGCAUAGAGAAGGAACCUGAGGACUCAUCCAGGGGCUGCCCUGCCCCUCACAGCACAGUUGAUGGACCCAACAGCCCCGGGUAGCAGUGUCAGCUCCCUGCCGCUGCUCCUGGUCCUUGCCCUGGGUCUUGCAAUUCUCCACUGUGUGGUAGCAGAUGGGAACACAACCAGAACACCAGAAACCAAUGGCUCUCUUUGUGGAGCUCCUGGGGAAAACUGCACAGGUACCACCCCUAGACAGAAAGUGAAAACCCACUUCUCUCGGUGCCCCAAGCAGUACAAGCAUUACUGCAUCCAUGGGAGAUGCCGCUUCGUGGUGGACGAGCAAACUCCCUCCUGCAUCUGUGAGAAAGGCUACUUUGGGGCUCGGUGUGAGCGAGUGGACCUGUUUUACCUCCAGCAGGACCGGGGGCAGAUCCUGGUGGUCUGCUUGAUAGUGGUCAUGGUGGUGUUCAUCAUUUUAGUCAUCGGCGUCUGCACCUGCUGUCAUCCUCUUCGGAAACAUCGUAAAAAAAAGAAGGAAGAGAAAAUGGAGACUUUGGAUAAAGAUAAAACUCCCAUAAGUGAAGAUAUUCAAGAGACCAAUAUUGCUUAACGGUUAUAAAGUUAUCACAAGCUGGUGGCAAGCUACAAAAGACCUGACUCAUUCCCAGAUGGACAGGACAUGUCUCAGGAAAACAGCUAGCAGAAAUGAAUGUUUAAAUAUUGUAUUUACUUUUUUUAUUUGUAACUGUGUGUUGCUUGUUAUUGUUUUUAAUAACGAUAUAUUUUUUUUGUUACAGCCUAGUAGUUGAGAAAAAAUAACCUGGUUAGGUGAUGACAAAAAUAAGGGACAUUUGAAUAUAAACUUUGUUGCCAGGAUUAUUAAAUAAAUAAAAGAAAAGUGGAAAAGAAGUUAGAUUUUUAAGAACUAAUUCACCACCACGCAAUGGUAGUACAUGCCUUUAAUCCCAGGACUUGGGAGGCAGAGGCAGGCAAAUCUCUGUGAGUUCAAGGCCAGCCUGGUCUACAAAGAAAGUUCCAAAAUAGCCAAGACUACAACAGAGGAACACUGUCUCAAAAAACCUAACCAACCAACCAACCAAACAAGCAAGCAAAACCCUGUCAAUAAUAGGGCUUCCCGGGUUUAUACACUUAUCAUAUGCUAAGAGCUUGAAAUGUAUUAUUUUAUUUUAUCAUUUCAGUGGUCUGUGAGAUUGCAUAUUUUUGUCCUCAUUCCUAUAUAUGCAAAAGUUAAAUGAUUUCACUUAACUUUUUAGAGAUAGAAGAAUUGAGAGAGCCAGAACUGAUAUGGACCCAGAGUCAAAGCUGAUGUGCUUAUCUUUUUUGUGAAUUUGAGUUCCAACAUCUAACUCAAUAGCGUAAUCCAAGAUUUCCAACUGAACCACACUUUGCUAUGAUUCUGAGAUGGUAGGGCGAUUUUCCAUGUUGACACAGAAUACAGAGUCCUGGUUAGAACUGAUGUCAGCAUCAUGAUUCCUUCAGGAUUGACUUCAUGGAUAUUAUUAGUUUGCUUUCUCAUAAAGUCUCAAUGACAUGAGAAAAUUCUUAGAUCACCAAAACAAACAGCAAAAGUGAAAGGUGGGUUUUCGUUCGCCCUUGCAUGGGUAUUGAUCCUCAGUAAAGUAUAAACAGCACAGGAAGAGACUGUUAGUAUUGGUGGUAACCAUAUGCAACUAUAGCCUCAAAGUCCAAUGCAUGUAUAUUUGCUCUCAGGUGAACUUUAAUGCCAGAGAAAACAUCCUGAAUUGACCCAUUUUCCCACUCUUGUGGUCCUUUGACUACAUACUGUAUUUAGUAGAAACUAUAUUAAACAUAAAGAAUUAAAAUUUUCAUUUGGUCAGUAUUCUAUAGAACGUGGAAAUGUCCACAUUGCUUAGGUAGGUCACUUACAGCAGCCAAUGGGAAGAUGUCUUCAGACAAUGUUGCUUUGCUGCCUGUUUGGAUCCUUGUACAUUUUACUUUACAAGAGAGAUUCCAUAGAUUCAAACAAAUGCCUGAACUCCCUAUGUUCUUCUAGCACAGUGUUUAUAAGUAGGCUGGAGCUUCAAUAAUGAAGAUCUCCUGCCAAUUCCACUAAGUCUAAGAACUGACAACUCUCAAAAUGCUUUUUCUUCCUUGUGACUUAAUGUUCAUUCUUGAAAAACGGCUGCCCAUACUUGAUUCAGAUUCGUGUCUUAUUUAGUCUUCUUGGGCUCAUGUGCGAGUAUUCUCUCCAGUCUUUUUUUUUUUUUUAACACUAAACAGGUUUGAAUAACAUGGCCACUAGAACAUUAAAAAUACCACCAGUACUGUUAAGUGUCUCUGCUUCCUGGUCCCUGGUUGACUGACCAAAGCAGUCAAUAUUGGGAAACUCCUCAUUUUUUUAUCUGAAAUGUUUGUGGUGUCUCUUGAAAUUCUGUUAUUAUGAAAGAAUUUCAAGAACUCUCAUGUUUUUAUUCAAAGUGUAUUUUGUAAUUGCUUUGUAUAUACUAUGUUGUUUAUAUAGACUGUUAAGGUUAUAAUGAAAUCAAAUAAAUUUAUUUUUAAACAAAGCAGACAUAUUUUUUCUUGGGAAUUUUCUACUGGUACUAUGAAUUAUUAGUGGAAAUAAAUGUAAAUGUAAAUGCUCUUAAAAGUUUAUAGAAAGCAUUCAUUGAAGCAUUAAAGAUAUUCUACUUGGCU